CCUCACUGAAGCUGGGUCAUAGCAACAAAAGCUAGCAACAAAAUCAAGAAACGACUACAUUAUUGGGAGGGCAAUAAACACCCAUCCAUCAUCAGCUGCGCCUGAUACUUCUGCCCUUAUAUGGCGAAGGCAGGUGGUGUUCAGCAGGGAGGGAAGGAGGGAACAAAGGUCAUCCCUGCACUUGCUUUAUUCAGGUACAGUCUGUCUCCAAGGUGCUGUGUACCCACCAAGCCUCAAGUAAGUGCCAGACCCCUUCAUAAAGGGCUGAUCACUAUGCCAGAACUCAAUGCUAAAGUCACCAGGACACUGAACAAAACCACACCUGGACUCCAGAUAUGGAGAAUUGAGAACAUGGAGAUGGUGCCAAUACCACCCAAAACAUAUGGAAACUUCUAUGAAGGGGAUGCUUAUCUGCUUCUCUCGACACAUAAGACUGGGAACAGCUUCUCCUAUGACAUCCACUACUGGCUGGGCACCUCGUCAACUGUGGACGAGCAGGGUGCAGCUGCCAUCUAUACUACCCAGAUGGAUGAUUACCUGGGUGGGGUAGCGGUCCAGCAUCGGGAGGCCCAGGGCUAUGAGAGUGAGGUCUUCCGGGGCUACUUCAAACAUGGACUCAUAUAUAAGAAAGGAGGCGUGGCCUCAGGCAUGAAACACGUGGAGACAAACACAUACAACGUGCAACGGCUGCUGCAUGUCAAGGGCAAGAAGAAUGUGGUGGCUGGAGAGGUGGAGAUGAGCUGGCACAGUUUCAACCGAGGCGAUGUAUUCCUGCUGGACCUGGGCAAGCUCAUCAUUCAGUGGAAUGGCCCUGAGAGCAACCGCAUGGAGCGUCUGAAGGGGAUGAAUCUAGCCAAGGAUAUCCGUGAUCAUGAACGUGGAGGUCGAGCACAGGUAGGUGUGGUGGAUGGUGAGGCUGAAGAUGCUUCUCCUGGGCUGAUGAAAGUCUUGACCUACGUACUGGGGCAGAAGACAGAAAUCAAGCCAGCCAUCGCAGAUGCUGUGGUGGACCAGAAGAUGAAAUCUUCUCUGAAGCUCUAUCAUGUCUGUGAUGUAGAAGGGAACCUGCUCAUUCAGGAAGUUGCUACCCAGCCCCUUACCCAAGACCUCCUGAACCAUGAGGACUGCUAUAUCUUAGACCAGUGUGGUGUGAGGAUCUUUGUAUGGAAGGGCAGGAACUCUAGCAAGGAAGAGAAACAGCAAGCCAUGUCACGUGCCCUGGGUUUCAUCAAAGCAAAGAACUAUCCGCCUACCACUGGGGUGGAGACUGAAAACGAUGGUUCUGAAUCUGCUGUGUUUAAGCAGCUCUUUCAAAAAUGGACAGUAACCAACCAAACUGUCGGCUUUGGAAAGACAAGCUCAGUUGGUAAAAUAGCUAAAGUGGAGCAGGUGAAGUUUGAUGCCACCACUUUACACGCCAAGCCUGAGAUGGCUGCCCAGAACAGGAUGGUGGAUGAUGGCUCUGGAGAGGCGCAGGUCUGGAGAAUUGAGAACUUGGAGCUGGUGCCUGUGGAGAGUCGCUGGCUUGGGCAUUUCUACAGUGGUGACUGCUACCUCAUCCUCUACAAAUAUCAAAUUUACAAUAAAAUCCACUACAUCAUCUAUGUUUGGCAGGGCCGCCAUGCCAGCCAGGACGAGAUCACUGCUUCUGCUUACCAGGCUGUUAUUCUGGACCAACAGUACAACAAUGAGCCUGUGCAGGUGCGAGUGACCAUGGGCAAGGAGCCUGCCCACCUCAUGGCCAUUUUCAAGGGGCGCAUGGUGGUGUAUGCGGGUGGUACAUCACGAGCUGGCAACACAGACCCAGUGCCCUCAAUUCGCCUUUUCCAAGUUCAUGGAACCAACGAGUUCAACACCAAGGCCUUUGAGGUGUCUCCCUGUGCCGCCUCCCUCAACUCCAACGAUGUCUUUAUUCUCAAAUCGCAGACUUGCUGCUACCUCUGGUAUGGGAAGGGCUGCAGUGGAGAUGAAAGGGAGAUGGCCAAGACUGUGGCUGACCUCCUCUCCAAGACAGAGAAAGUGGUGGUUGCUGAAGGCCAGGAACCUGCUGAAUUCUGGCUUGCACUGGGUGGAAAGACUCAGUACUCCAACAACAAAAGGUUACAGGAAGAAACCCUCUCCAUCAUGCCUCGCCUCUUCGAAUGUUCCAAUAAAACAGGCACCUUCCUUGCUACAGAAAUUCCAAAUUUUACUCAAGAUGACCUAGAAGAAGAUGAUGUCUUCUUGCUGGAUGUCUGGGAUCAGGUCUUCUUCUGGAUUGGAAAAGAGUCAAAUCAGACAGAGAAGGAAGCAGCAGCUGUCACUGCUCAGGAAUACCUGCGCAGCCACCCAAGUGGCCGUGACCUCGCUACCCCUAUAGUCAUUGUGAAACAAGGCUGUGAACCUCCAACAUUUACCGGCUGGUUCCUGGCAUGGGACCCACUCAAAUGGACUGGCAAGAAAACCUAUGAGGAACUGAAAGCUGAACUUGGAGAUGACAGUGUGCUCAGCGAUCUCACUUCAGAACUUCUAGAGGCAAAAGAGAUGUUCACUGCUGACACAAACUUUGCUGAGACGUUCACUGCCGACGCAAACUUUGCCAAGCUACCAGUUGGUACAGAUUUUGCCAAGCUGUCAGUCGGUACAAAUUUUGCCAAGCUGCCAGUUGGUACGUACCCACCAGAGCAACUGGUGAACCAGUCAGCAGAAGAACUACCCAAGGAUGUGGAUCCCAGCAGGAAGGAGGAUUACUUGUCAGAGGACGAUUUCAGUACUAUCUUUGGAAUGUCUCGACAGGAGUAUGCUACUCUGCCACAGUGGAAACAACAGGCUCUCAAGAAAGACAAAGGACUCUUCUGAACGCUAAGUCCCUGCGGCCAUUAUCUGCAGGUGGAGGCUAUUUUUAAAAAAUCUGUGUUCAAGUUGAUAACAGGAGUUUUACAGGAUAAAUGGCCGGGUCUUGUCUGUCGCUGAGAGAUUUUCAGGGACAAAAUGCAAGAGUAUUUAAAUUAUACCUGCAAGUUUUCCAGUCAAGGCUGAAUCAAUAUAUUUUGUUCCCUAAGUCAGCUUUCGAAACAUGAACAUAAGUACAUUUAAAAAAUGGAAAUGAGUAGGCAGUCCAAUUCCAGAUUUAUGCUUUUUAAAGGGAAAAAAAUCACAUGUCCUAGAAGGCAAAACAUUUCUAAAAACCAGGAACGCCCUCCCAGUGCUGACUAUUGUAGAAAAUAAGCAAUACAAAAACUGUACUGUGAUUACCACUUGCACCCUUCUAAAAAGAGGAACCAGAACAUCAGUGUUAAUAAACAGUGUUUAAUUUCUCUGAAAUCUAUCUACACAUCAUUUAAAGAAAAAAGGCAGAAUUGUAAAGAAUACAUAAGAAACACAUCUGCUAUAACACAGAAAAGUGCUGUUCCACAUGUAGUGUCCAGAGACACAAGGUGACUAACAUAAAUACCAUGGCAUCCUCUUCCAACACACAUGCCCAGAAAUCAUUCACACUCCCUCCCCCCAUUUUUACAAAUAACUCACUUAAGAAACAACAAAAGUCAGGAGGCUAGCACAGGAAGCUGACUUUUAAUUUAAUUCUGGGCGGAUCCAUUACAUGCUAGAGCAGUUUAAAAGCAUUCCCCCCCCCCCCCCCCGAAAACUCUCAGCUCCCUAGUUCUUACCCCAGAACUCCUGUUUCUGACAUCAGAUGAUAGCCUCUAUGAAUUUGGAGUGCAGUGUUACUUCAUUUAAUGUUAGAUAAUUGUUUUGACCUUGACUUGGUUGCCAUGCAAACAGCUUAAUCUAGGAUCCUAAACGAUUCUGCAACACAUGAAACAAGUGUUGCAGUGUUGUUUCUAAGCCUCUGUUUUACAGGAUGCUCCGGUUCCAGUUGGUGAAGAAAACUUUUAAUGCACAGUCUGAACUGUAUGCCUAGGAGUGUCACAAGGGGUUAUAGGCUCACGGCUCUUUAUACGAAGUAGUCUUCAUUAAAGAAGGAGGUGCUUGGUGUUUUCUAAGGUUUUCUUUAACAAACUACCCUGAGCCACCUUCAUGUAUGUACAAAACUUGGUGAACAACAGUGAUGGAGAAUUUAAUUACUUAGUGCAAACACAUGUAUGGCUAUUUCUCUUUAUAAUGAAUUAAAUACAGCACAGUAAGACCAAUGAAUAAAGUCAGACUUAAAAUACGUUGGCUCAAACUAGAUCUGCUGGAGACCGAUAUUUAAGUUGUUACAUCCUUUUGAAACUAAUAAUAGUAUCCUUGAGCUGAUGUAUAAGGAUGUUUUAUAGCACACAGCUCUAAAAGAAACCCCUAUUUUCUUCAAUAGGCAAUAAUAUCGUAAAUAUCAUCAGCUACCAGGGUUCCCUGAGGCAUUCAAUAUUUCUGUAAAAUUGUUGCAAAAGGAUCUAUAAUAAGAGAUGUUAAAAUCACAUGCCUUAAUAUUUGGUUUUAAAUGCAGCUGAAUGGCUAUACAAAAACCAUUUAUGCUCUUGCAGAAUUUUAAACCAUCGUAUGAGAUCAGUGUGGCAAAGAGAUGCCCUCCUCUGGUGACCCUUAUCUCAGACUUUGAAUUCAGGCCAUGGAACACAGAACAAUGUGUCAACUGAAACCCUCAGAACUAAAGAAAGCACUAGUUCCUUCUCUGUCAUCAUAUUUAACCUUAAAAAAAUUGAGAACAGUGACUUCAAUGCAGUACUCAAUGUUGCUGUUAUAAAGGCUUGUCAGGUGCCAUUUCUUGCUAGGCAAGAGACUGGCUUCCAGUAGAAAAACACAUUAAGUGUUCUUCCAUACAACUCUGGAGGUAAUACCCAUUUGAAUGGCAGGUUUACAGUGCAAUCCUAUGCAGAGUUACUCCAGUCUAAGCCCAGUGAAAUGAACGGCUUCGGCUGCAGUAAUUCUCCUUAGGUUCACACAGUUUACCAAGGCAUCUCUCUGGGAUGCUUUGCCUUUAAAUAUGCUGGCUAUUUUGCCUCACCAUUGAUCAAAUACAGUGCUGUUACUUCCAUAUAACUGCUUAAUUACGGCAUUUAUUUAGAGAGAAAAGCAGCUCUACACCAGAACCAUAGGUCUUAUUUUGAGAUCUUCUUUUUUCACUGAAAGAAGAUCUUAUUGUUAAAAAUAAAAGUAACUAACUGCCGACAGGAAAAGGUAUAAUGGCAAGAUAAAUUAGUACAAUAUGCUUCUCGGAGUGUGACUGCUGAGCCUUUGUCUUAUUUGACAGGCUGAUUAGACAGUUAAAGUAUCAGUACAAAACAGGGGCCAUGUAGGUUUGCUUAACAUAGCCGGUUAUUCUGUUAGCAUGGCAGGAAAACCCGUCUCCAAAGUGUAGAGCCAGUUGUCUAUUAACUUCCAUGGGUCUGUGCUUUCGAGUUUCAGACUUUAUUAAGUAGAAAGUCUUUAAUGGUAAUAAAAUAUAUCCUCCCCCCCCCCCGCCCGCCCCGAGUGGAAAAAGCCUUCAAAUUCUCAACACCGGUUAACAACCUUUUCAAAGGAAAACCCUGAGUUAGGAGCAAACCAAGAAGAAGCUACAUGGUUAGCAAUUUCAUUGCCAAAAAAAAAGAAAAGAAAAAGAAAAAAGCAGCAAAGUUAACAAUCAGGUCCAGCACUAAAAUGAGAAACUUGCACAAAUCAAAUCAAAGCUUUUCUCUUUUGUCCAAACUAGCUAAAAAUGAUCAUCACAUUAUCCAAAUGCAUUUUCGAUAACAAAGCCUCAUAAUCUAUCCAAGACCACAGCACCAUCUUGAGAAAGAACAAAAUGCCUUAUGAAUAUAUAACAGUUUGGAAAUGUUUGAUUUUUUUCUACAAGUGAUUUAAUUGUAUUUAUCACACAAAUAAAAUAAAGCCAGGUAUAUUUUAA